AGACCACAUAUUUUCCUCGGUGGUUGGUGAAAAGCGGGCUACUGCAGCAGCUCCAUCAUGGCCUGCCCUUUCGCAAAGCAUGCCUCCAGUGAGCAGUUCCAGCGACAGCCUUCAAUAGCUGAGGCGCACAACUGGAACCUGGACGAGGAUCUGAGCGAGAUCCCGGGGGAUGCGUUGACACUGACGCACCUGAACGCAGCGAUACAGCUGCUGACAGCACCGUCGAUCGAGAACGUACACGAAGCGUUGAUGUCGUUGAUCGCCAAGUACAGCAACAGGUGGCCGGGCCUGUCAAAAUUGAAGACCGAGCGGUCGGAGUUGUCCAUUUAUCCACACUACGACUACCUCGCCGACAUCCAGGACAAUCUGACUCAGAUCGAUGAAUCGGCCGUGUCGGAGAUUCUGGUGCACCUGGGCGAGGAGCUGAUCCAGACGGCGUGCGUGGGCGUGAUCGAACGGGCGUUCAAGUGUCUCGGCUCGGAUCUGCAGGAGUUCCUCGGCUCGCUGGACGGUGUGUACGACGUAUUGAAGCUGCAGGAAGAGGAGAUCUCUGACACCGGAUUUGUCUGCGCGGGCGAAGGUGAGCUGAUCUUCACAUCUGAGCGUCCAGUGUUGGCUUGGUUACUGCUAGGGUGUCUUCGAGCCCUCAGCAGACUGUUGUUCAACUGCGAACCGGAGAUUGAGUUGGAACCGUUGGCGGGAGAUACGCCUCGCUAUCGCUAUCUACUGCGGGUAGACGAACCGACACCUAUUCCAGGAGACGCUGUCUCAGUUGACGCCGUUUCAGGAGAUGCUCGAGACCUGAAGGUGAGCAAUCGGUUCUUUUGCGAUGCAUUCCCUUGGCACUUCAUCAUGGAUGAGCAGUUGCGGUUGGUUCAGCUCGGGUCGGCGUUCAGUCGGCUGUUCAAGGGACACGUCGGAAGUGGGACUGGUACCGGAGUUGGCCUCACUGCCAGCACUUUGUUUCGCUUCAAACGACCACGUGGCCUCCCGUUGCACUUCCGCGAGAUCGUGCGACGCACCAACACACCGUUCAUGAUCUCGCUACGGGCUCCACCUGGUCGGCCCGACUUCUUUGCCAAAGGUCUUGAGAUCAAGGGCCAGAUGGUGUUCUGUCCGGAGUCGAACGCGCUCCUCUUUGUUGGCUCACCAUUUCUCGACGGACUCGAGGGACUCACCUGCAAUGGGUUGUUCAUCUCCGACAUUCCGCUGCACGAUGCGACACGUGAAGUCAUCCUUGUUGGUGAGCAAGCUCGUGCCCAGGAUGGGUUACGACGCCGCAUGGAUAAGCUGAAAAGCUCGAUCGAGGAGGCAAACUCGGCCGUCAUCAAGGAGCGAAAGAAGAACGUCAGCCUGCUGCAGUUGAUCUUCCCGGCCGAGAUUGCGGAGCGGCUCUGGCUUGGAGCUCAAAUCGACGCUAAGACGUACCCGGCCGUGACGAUGUUGUUCAGUGACAUCGUCGGUUUCACCAGUAUCUGCUCGCGUGCAACUCCCUUUAUGGUGAUCAACAUGCUGGAAAACUUGUACAAGCACUUUGACGAGUUGUGCGGCUUUUUCGACGUCUACAAGGUGGAGACCAUUGGAGAUGCGUACUGCGUCGCGAGUGGACUCCACCGAGCCAGCAUCUACGAUGCACAUAAGGUCGCCUGGAUGGCUUUGCGCAUGAUUGAAACUUGCACGCUCUACAACACGCACGAUGGCCAGCACAUUAAGAUGCGCAUUGGUCUUCACACCGGAACCGUGCUGGCAGGUGUUGUGGGCCGCAAGAUGCCCCGGUACUGCCUGUUCGGGCACAACGUGACUAUCGCGAACAAGUUUGAGUCCGGCAGCGAGGCGUGCAAGAUCAACAUCAGCCCGACGACGCGGGAUUGGCUGGUGAAACACCCGGGAUAUGGCUUCCAGAUGGACGCACGUGACGCCUCCUGCAUGCCAAAGGAGUUCACUGACUCGAAGGGCCUGACGUGUUACUUCCUCGAAGGGUACAAACACCCGACGCUUGGAAACGAACGGCCACUCCAGGAGCACAUCGAGGAGGCGAUGCGUCAGACGUUGCAGGAGGCGGCCGAGACACUCGAGGUCGGUCAGUAGAAUACCCUCGGUGAAGGUGUUCUCGAUGGAUGAUGUAGGCUUCACGUCGGAAAAGCGAUGACGACGGCUUUUCUGAGCGUGGGGCGUCAUGUAUUGAUGUUUAGUAGAUGUUUAACCGUUUCGGCUGUCUAAACAUGAACUAUUAUGUACCGUUUCUAACCACACUCUCUAGACCAAUGCCAACAAACCAAGAAACCAAAAUGGUAACAGCUAAUAAAGCGAAUAAAUCGU